AUGUUUUCACCAACAGAGACCCCGGUCGAGCACAGCAAUGCUGCUGCUGGUUCACCCUCGGAACAGAGCCCCAAUGAGCGUCAGUUCUACGCCAACAUGUCCGCAACCAACGUCUCUCCUCUCUGGACCGUCUUGGACAAGAUGGUGCCGCCCCGGCCCAACCCCAAGGCGGUCGUAGCCACUUGGCCAUACGACACCAUCCGGCCACUGCUCAUGGAGUCUGGCAAGCUCAUAUCCGCCGAGGAAGCCGAGCGGCGCGUUCUCAUGCUCAACAACCCCACCUUGGGCGCCCCCUACACAACCGACACUCUGUACGCCGGCCUCCAGCUCAUCCUACCUGGCGAAACCGCCCCGGCACAUCGCCACGUUGCCUUUGCCCUUCGUUUCAUCGUCGAGGGAUCGCGUGGCUUCACGGCGGUCCAAGGCCAGAAGCUCACCAUGGAGCGUGGCGACGUCAUCCUCACGCCGAGCUGGCACUGGCACGACCACGGCAGCGAAGGAGACGGCCCCAUGGUGUGGCUGGACGGUCUUGAUCUUCCCGUCUUCCGGUUCCUGCCGCUCAACUUUGCCCAAAACUACGCCGAGGCGCGCUACCCCAGCGUUCCGGCGGGCGAGGACAGCAACCUGAAGAUCCCGUGGUCCAAGGUUGCUGCUGUUCUCGACGCCGCCAACAACAAGGAAAGCCCCGCACAUGCCCGCUACGAUUACACGUUGGGGGACGGCAACCAUCUGUCCAAGACUGUGUCUGCUCAGGCGGAGCGCAUCGCGCCGGGGGCGACCACGAAGCCCUUGCGGGAGACGGUCUCGUUGAUUUACCAUGUGUACGAAGGAGAGGGAUACACGACUGUGAUCACGCCGAACUCGGAUGGGAAGGAGCAGAGGGUGCAGUGGAAGGCCCGGGACACGUUUGCUGUCCCUGCUUGGAGCCUUGUUUCUCAUACUUGUACUUCGCAAAGCGGGCAUGCCUACUUGUUUGCUAUUAACGAUAGGCCUAUGGUGGAGCGUCUGGGUAUGUACAGAAAGGAGGAAUUUUAG